ACCUGUGGACGGAGAUUGGAUGUGUUGUACUGAAACACAAUCAAUCAUCAGAAAAAUAACUGCAGAUCCCCAACCAAGUCAAACCAAUCGGGGGUUUAAAACCUUCUUUGUGAAUAUUUUUACACGAGAUGUUCUAGGUUCUCUUAAUUGGUUCUAUAAAACAAGAAACAUCUUUUCACAGCACUGUACUGUCAUCGUCAUUAUUCGGAUUUGGUCAUUAAAACAUUCGGAUAAGGGUUAUUUUUCUCAUUGUUUCAGUUCCGCAUAAUUUGCAAAGCUCCCAACAAAUAUUACAGCACGAGUGCAAAAAUGGCUUCCCAAGCAAAAACUAAGCCAGAAAAACCCGACUCAUCACGCGGUGUAUCACGCGUGCUGGAAAAAUUGGACGCUUCCUUCAAAACGAAAAAUUUCUAUGAAGCGCACCAGAUGUACCACACGCUCUACUUUCGCUACACUGCGCAAUCGAAACACGACGACUUGCUAGAUUUGCUCUACGAUGGUGCGGUCAAGAUGUUGGACCACGGGCAGUACAGUAGUGGCGCCGAUCUUGGUUUGCUCAUGAUAGAUACGCUGGAGACUGUGGAAACAACUAUUGUACCAGCAGAAGACUGGAUGGAGCGGAUUAGUGAGAUAAUCAAGAAAAUUAAACCGAGUAUCCUAGAGCGAGAUGCAGUCCUGGAAAAAGCGAUCAAUUGGAGUGGAAUGGUUGCAAAAUCACCCAGCGGCCAUUCACUGAUGCAUAAACUCAUCGCGCAAAUUAUGUACAAUGAAGACAACAUCCCGCAGGCUCGCUACCACAUGUCGCUGUCACGCGAUGGUUUUAGUUGUGCGUUCCUACUAAUAGAACUGAGCCAAACGCAGGGAUACGAGGGAGAAGUUGAUCUAUUCGUGGCUCAAAUGGUGCUACAGCAACUGUGCUUAAAAGAAACAGCGGCAGCCACCGAAACCUUCACAACAUACAUUAAGUUUCAUCCUCGAAUAGCGUGUACCGAUCCCCCAUUCUCCCUGCCACUGUUGAAUUUUCUCUUCUUUCUGCUACAAGCGAUCGAACAUCACGAACGGAAAUACGCCAUGUUUCGGGUUCUUUGCGACCUGUACCGUCCAGCCCUCGACAGAGAUCCUUCGUACGAGCGGUAUUUGCACAAGAUUGGUAUCACCUUUUUCGGAGCCCGUCAGCAGACACAAAUGCGAACGUUCGCAUUCGACGAAUUGCUGAAUCAGUUCUUCCAAGAUCUUGGUGCGGAUUAUGGUGACGAACCAUCCAAUGGGCGUCGGGACGGAGAUGGAAGCGAUACCAGCUUGCAUGGGGAUGUUGAUUAGUUACUAUUGUAUUUGAUUUUUUUUAUCUUAGAAGAACGGCUUAUGUCGUAUUUAUACUAUUGUAUAUGAUGCUUACUUUUCUGUUCCUGCUUAUUGCCAUUUCGCUUUUUGGAACAACCUUUUUCUGUUUGUUGUACCCCAAUCACGACGAUGCUUUUGACGAUCUACUACACGGAUCAUCCAUUCUUUCUUCUGUAUGCCUCAACUCCACUCGCUGUUUUUCUAAAAUACCGAUUUUGUAGAUUUGUCUCUUUCGCUCUCAACGUAGUACAAUACAUUUUAUAUUUUCUUAUAUUACGGUACUUUAAAUGAAGACAUAUUAUUUAUGCCAACAAACUGAAACUGUAAUGCAUAAAAUAAAGUAUAACCUGGCGCCAAAGG